CCCGGACAUCCCGCCUUCUCUUCUUGAACAAUCAACCUCCUCCGGCACGUUCGCGCUCGUCUCGCGCGGUGGGCGUGUCCCGGCCGCUCUCAUUGGCCGCGCGCGGCUCCCCUCGCUCCCCGGCUUCCGCUUUCUCUUCACGCGCACGCCCCGCUGAAUAAUGAUAAUAACGAUCAAGAUGGCCACUCCGGAAUCCUGCCCGCGGUGCUGAAACCACCGAUUUCAUGGGAGCUCUCCGAACCGCGUCUUCCCGCUGUUUGAGUCCCUCGUAGGCGGCCGGGUCGGUGCCGGGGCUGUUACUUUAUGGACUGAACCGGGCCAAGAGGAGAUAAAAGCGACCGCGCGGCCCGCAGCGCUCAUCCCGAAGGAAGCGAGCUAGCAGCGAGCUAGCUGAGCUUGUCGACCAUCUCCAGCUUCUUCCAGCCAGCGGCGCCUCCGAGGACAGUCGGCCGGCUCCCCCUCCCUCCCUCGCCGCUCGCUCUCGUUGUGCGUGGCCGGUCGUCGGGGACCGGAGAGCGUCAAAUGGCAGAGCCGAGGAAAGUGCCGUUCGUCACCAUCUCGUCCUUCAACACGUCGCCGCCGACCCCGGAGUCAAGCAAGAAGCGCCGGCGAGAGGAUGAGGCCGUGGAGAUCACUUUUGGGAAAGAUGGAGGAGGUGGUGGAGGUGGAAGUAGCGUCCCGGUAGUCGGGUCAGGAGGAGGAGGUGGUAGUGCUCCGUUUGGUAACGCGAAAGGAGGCGAUGCGGAGCCCGAGGAGGCGAAACCGACCGUCCGGCUGAACCUCCCUCUGACCGAGCCCAACGAGCGAGCGUCCGCCGAGUUCAACUACGGCGAGCUGGUCAACUCAAGUCUCAUCACUCAGGUAAAGCAUGCAGGUUCAACGGUCCCUAAAGGACUCACUCCUCCCCUGGACCCCAACGACCCCUUUGCUGACGACGACAGGGAGAGACGGGAGGUGGAGGAGCUGGCUCGGAAGUUUGAGAACAAAUAUGGUGGAGGCAGCGCCCCGAAGAAGAAGAAGAAGGACAGGAUGCAGGACCUCAUCGACAUCGGAUACGGUUACGACGAGACGGAUCCUUUCAUCGACAAUUCAGAGGCGUACGAUGAGCUGGUACCGGCCUCUCUCACCACGAAACACGGAGGUUUCUACAUCAACACGGGCACGCUGCAGUUCAGAGCGGCGUCGGACUCCGAGGGAGAAAACGCAGGCACGGAGGAUAAUCGCUUCAAGAUGAAAGACGGCGAGGAGCGGGUGAUAAAGAAACGACGGAAAAAGCAAGAAGGUGGAAUUCUGGAGGAGAAGAAACCCAGAAAAAAUAAAGUACCAAAGCCCGGAGUUUCAGCGCUGAACGUUCAUCGGCCGGAGAAGAAGAAGAGGAAGAAGCUGAUGAAGGACUCCAUCCACCUGGCCAACAUGCUGCGCCGCUUCACCAGAGAGAAGGAGGAGAUGCGCAAGAAGAACAUGGCUGCAGCCGGUCUGCCGCGAGCCACCACCAAAGUGCCCAGCGCCAACAGCGCGCUCCUCAACACCCACGCCAAGGCCGCCGGCGGCAACGAGUGCAACAUGGCCGACCUGAGCGCCGACCCGGCCGUCAUGUCGCUGCUGGGCUCGGCCAAUAACGACAUACUGCAGGACAUGAUGGGCGACCUGGACUUCACGAUGCUGGACUCUCCUCAGCCGUCCAGCCCGGUGCAGGGAGAGAACGGCUCGUUCGGGCAUAAAGCCGGUGGAAGCAGGGCGCCGCAGGGGAGUGUGAUGACGCCUCCACCUCUGCCGAGCGGACUCCCCGGGCCACUCUUGAAGCGCAUUGAGGACCUGAGAGCGGCGUCCCGUCUGUUCGACGAAGAAGGCAGGAAGAAAUUCUUCACGCUGGACAUGAACAACAUCUUACUCGACAUCGAGCUGCAGGUUCAGGAGCAGCCGGCCGAGGUCCGCUCAGUCGUCUACUCUCACCUGGAGGCCUUCGUGCCCUGCAAUAAAGAAGCUCUGCUCAAACGCCUUAAGAAGCUCAGCCUCAACAUACAGGAUGACCGCCUCCGGACGCCCCUGCUGAAGCUGAAGCUGGCAGUGUGCAGCGUGAUGCCGGAGCAGAUUGCUCGAUACAACAUGGACUGCAUCGCUAAAGUGGCAAAGCAGCAGUCCGAGGAGGGAGAGAAGAACGGGUCGGAGGAUGACGACGAGGAGAAACCAGGGAAAAGGGUGAUGGGCCCUCGGAAGAAGUUUCUCUGGGACGACAAACUCAGGUCGCUGCUGUGUAACCUGGUGCGGGUGAAGCUCGGCUGCUACGAGCUGGAGGGCAAGAACUCGCUGUCUCUAGAGGACUACCUCAAGGCCUUCAUGGAGACUGAGGUCAAACCUCUCUGGCCUAAAGGCUGGAUGCAGGCCAGGAUGCUGUUCAAAGAGAGCAUCAUGGCUCACGGUCACCUCACGGGCUACACGGCAAAGAAAAAGAUGAUGCCGACUCCGAAGGCCAAGCCAAAGGAGUCCGUGUGGGUUCAGAGGUCCACGCCCUCAGCUGCUGCCACUCCCUCGCCUGCAGCCCAGGUUGCCAAGCGACCGCCUCCGUCGCCGUCUGAGCCCAUAUGUCUCGAUUCCCUCGACGACGAUCUGACGGCUCCCUCCUUGGACUCCAUCUCCCAGGCCCUCGCCAUCCUUGGCAACGCAGCCAAAGGCCUGGCUCACGGGGACAGCCCGCCGUCCCCGGACGGACCGAAGACCACCACCAACCCCUCCUCUCACCACGCCUCCUCGCCACUCAUCCAACAGCAACAACAGCAGCAGCAGCAGCAGAAAAAGAACUCUGUCAGCACUCACAGCUCCAACACACCUCACUACAUCUCUACCUCUUCGUCUUCCUCCUCCACCUCUCUGUCUCGGCCUCCCUCCAUCGCGUCCUCCCCUCUGGCCCCGGUGCGGGUGGACGGGAUCGGGGUGAUCAAGGGCACGGUGCAGGCGCACAGACACUCGGUGUUGAACACUCAAAGAACUUUGGGCGUGGGCGUGGCCAAAGCCAACAUGCCUGCCUCUGCGUCGUCGCCUAAACCGCGUCCGCCGCCCACCGCGUCCCCGCUCGUGGCUCCGGGAUCAAAGAUGGGGGUGUCCGCUCCCCCGUCUGGCCUCCUCAAAGGCAGCAAUAAUAAUAAAGCCAACAGCGGCGACACACUCAUCAUCACAUCGCCUCAGUCUCAAGCACACACCCACCAGUCCGCCUCACACAUGACCCCCAAAACCUUCCAGACGCCUCGCCUCCCUCAGACGUCCCAGAGUAAGUCGUCCCCGUCCUCCCUCUCUCAGACGCUCCCUGGAGUUCAGCCCCAGCCCCGGCCUCAGUCGAACUUCAUCACCCCUAUGCACGCCACCCUCACCAAGUCUACCCACAGCAGCAUCCCGCCCAUCGUCAAACUCACGCCGCGCACCCCGAACCCCGCCGUAACCACCACCACCUCAGCCUCCCCCUCCAUCUCCCAAAGCCCCAGGUCUCAGGCAACCCCCACCAUCCACCAGUACUCCGUCAAAAGCCCCGCAGGGUUCCGCCCGCCGUUCUCAGGUGCCCAAGGAGGAGCGACGAGGCCGGGGCAAGGCAGCUACACUUCUCCAGGGAGCCAGAAGACCCCCAACAAUAACAGCACCACCAACACCAGCCUUAUUAACACCAUAUCCAUAAGCAAACAUUCAGGAUCCAGUGCCUCCCCCACGGCGGCCUCUGCCAUCGCAGGCCAGCGCCAGAGGCCCGGGGGCGGGACACCUCAGGGGGCCAAGCCAGUCGCGUCUGUUCCAUCAUCGGUGUCGUCUCAGUUGCCACAGGUGUCCACAGCCGGCAGCGGCAGCCUGCUGGGCUCCGCCCCGUCCCUCCCGAUGGGGUUCGGGAUGCUGGGCGGCCUGGUGCCCGUGUCUUUACCCUUCCAGUUCCCCCCGCUGCUAAACCUGCCUCCGCUGGGCACGGCCGGCUCCAGCACAGCGGCCAGCGGCUCCGCGGCCAGUAGCAAUGCAUCGUUCUCCACCCUGACCCAGAAUCUGUAUAAGAGUCUCCAGUCAGGGUCUCAGGUUGCUCUGCCUCCUCACUUGCAGCUCGCUUUCUCAGAUGUCAGUCAAAGCCAGGGAGGAGACGCCAAGAGGAAGACUCUAUGAUACGGCUGGAUUUCAGACGUCGUCGUCCGAUCAUGAAGCUCCAGCGAGGACAAUUAUGAUCCCGAGAGGAGACGAGCUCAACUUUUCACGAAUAAUCACAGUUAAAAUUUAACUUUUUAAACCCGAUUUGAUAACUUUUUGAAUACUAUCCUUCCAUAGAAAAUGAAAAACGACAAAUCCAGUUUGUCGAUGUUUACAAGAUAGACCGAUAUCACUGUGGACAGGGAGGAGUGAAUGAUUUAUAGCCGAGGGAGUGAGUGUGUGUGUGUGUGUGUGUGUGUGUGAGGUUUGAAUGUCGGGAUUGCCUUUUUCUAUGUGCGUCUCCCUCUCUGAUGCAUGGUCAGUGUGUCUAUUCGGUGCUGUUUUUAUCAUGUAAUUAUCACUGAUAUGUAAGAAAUGUAAACUGCAAAUUGAAUUUGAGCUUUUUUUGUUUUGUUUUUCAACGAGAGCUGUAACUUUUUUUUCUUUGUACUUGAAUUCCUGAACGAAUUCGUCUCUGUAUAGAACUUAAACCGACUUUUAAUUAAAAUCUUUCCCUUCACGA